AUGGCUCCUUAUUCUACAACAAACAAUGGAAGAACAUCAAAUCAAAGAAAGAGAAAGAUUGAGAUCAAAGAAGUUGAACAGAAAAACAGACGAUGCGUCACCUUUUCAAAACGCAAAUUAGGACUUUUUAACAAGCUCACUGAACUUUCUCUUCUAUGCAAAGCACAAACUGCUUUGAUCAUCACCUCUGAAAAUGGCAACGUGUAUUCCUGUGGUUAUCCUAAUACCGACGCCGUUCUCUAUCGCUAUGUCAGCGGAGGGUUUACCGAACUCUGCAAAGUUACACAGGACCAGCAAGAAUAUAACGAAAAGCAAAGACUUGAAUAUGAGAAUGUGCACAAGAACUUGAAAGAAAAGCACAAGCAAUUGGAAGAAUUGAAAGAAGCACAAAAGAGUCGUUCUUGUUUUGAUUCUUGGUGGAAUCUCUCCCAUCAAAACAUGUCUUUGGAAGAUCUUGAAGAGUUCAAGAAUUCUUUGGAAACUUUCAAGUUUAAUCUCAUCACACUGUUGCAAGAGAAAGAAAUAAGUCUUCCAUUAAGUAUGGCAUCAAGAAACUCCCAAAGCGUUCUUUAA